AUGGUCUUGUCUGCGCCUAAUACAUGAGAAUUGACUUGAUUAUCAGCAAGUCUAUUCAAAUUUAUUCAAUACAAUUUUGCAACUUGGAUUAAAUAAAGACUGGUUCUUUUUGGUAUAAAUUGAAUUAUCUGGAUGGUAUUUGUUAUAGAACUUUGAAGUUGAAUCUUUCGUGCGUACAGCUUUAUAAUCAGAGAUAGCUUAUUAGAUAUCUGUGUGAUCAAUCCUCAUCAGCCUUAUCGUGAUAGAAAAUGGAGCAUCUGUUGGGGCUUCUUCGAAUUCGUGUCCAGAGAGGAGUAAACCUUGCUGUUAGAGAUGUCAGAAGCAGUGAUCCUUAUGUUGUCGUGAAAAUGGGCAAGCAGAAAUUGAAGACUCGUGUAGUGAAGAAGAGUGUCAAUCCAGAGUGGAACGAAGAUUUAACUCUUUCAAUUGCAGAUUCAAGUCUUCCAAUCCAUAUUGCUGUGUAUGACAAAGACACAUUUAGUCUUGAUGACAAGAUGGGGGAUGCUGAAUUCGAAAUCGGACCAUUUGUUGAUGCGAUACGGAUGCGAUUGGAAGGUGUUGCAAAUGGAACGGUAGCUUCAAGAGUACAACCAAGCAGAGAAAACUGCCUAGCUGAAGAGAGUUCCAUAAUCUAUAGCAAUGGCAACAUUAUCCAGAAUAUGAUUGUCAGACUCAGAAAUGUGGAGAGUGGGGAACUGGAACUUCAAUUACAGUGGAUUAAUAUUCCUGGCUCUCGCGGUUUGUAGAUGAUAUAUUUCUAUGUAACUAUGUUAUUGCCGGACUGGUUAUUUUUAUGCUCAAGCUGUUUAAGUAUUAUAUAGCACUGGGAUGGAGAUGGCAAGAAAAUGCUUGAACAAGUUUCGUUUCGUUUUAGUGGUCAAAAAUGUAUAUUAGUUUCUAAUUUCGCAAUAGCAUCGCAAGAGUAUUGUAGUGUGAAACUGGAAGCUAUUUUUUUUUUUAAAUGAGAAUGAUUUCCUUUUAUAUAUACCUCUGACUUCAU